GCGGCUCCGCGCGAGCGCCUGCCGUACAGCGGUCGUGUCCCUGCCGUGCAGCGCUGUGUGUUGUGGUGUCGGCGGCGGACUUGCUGUAGUUAGGGUUCGAGCAGCGGAUGCCGGGUCCUGAUGUGGAGACGUGGCGAGGGGCGAGGAGGGCGCCCGGCUAACGGGACUGAGAGCUGCGAGGUGUGUAGCGGUGCCGUGCGGCCGGCCUAAUGAAGCUGCGCCAGGGCUGGCCAGUAUCAUACGCUCCGCUCGCUCCGGAUGAUAGCCCAAGGAGGUAGCAGGCUUCUGCACUUCGGGGGAGCCAGUCUCGCAGGUUUGGCGGAGUACUAUUUGCUGAGACCGACCCUCGAGGAGAGAGAGAAAAGAAAACCAUAGCUGAAGGUACUCGUCACGAAGACGCAUUAAAACCCUGUCGGUACCAGCAGGGAUCAAAUUCUGAUUUAUUUUAAGACGAUUUGCAAGAGGAAAGGUUUUACUUUAAGAAAAAUAGUCUCGUGCUCCUUUGUUCUUUAGAUGUUCAACCUGAUCGACUGUCACGCAGCUAGUCUUGGAGGAUUACUCCCUGUGCCGCUGAAAAGUCGGGGUUCCUGUACCCGCCUGUGAUCAAUAGCCUGGAGUUUUUACAGGAGUUGUGCCGGUGGUGUGUGUUCGAAACCUGGCAUUGUAAUAAGUCAAACGCAGCAACAACUCCUGUCGGAAUAGAGUGCUGACAAGGAGGAUGCCCUAUAAACAGUCCUGUAACUUCAAUGUCACGUGAUGUCGUCGUGUGUGGUUUGUGACCCAACCAACAUGUAAACCGUCAACUCGCUUUAACUACCAAGUAAAAUAAAAAAUCUAGGAGUGUGGCGAAGUGGAAUUACACGGUGUGGACAAACAAAGGAUUACUGCCUCACAGUGGACCGCCACGGACUGUGUGACGUACUUCAGUGGAAUGUACCCUGGCGCGGCGAACCCUUUACGUGAUGUACGUGGUGUGAGGGUGGACCUAACAUCAUCAAGGCAAGGUCAACUCGCACGUCGCCAUGGUGAUGGUGGCGCCAUGUGCUGCACUUCGUCAACUGUCCAAGGACUAGUCGGCCGCUACAAAGUUAAGAUGAAGCAGGCGGGAGAGCGACCUCGAGGCUCGCGCACAGCGAUACCCCAGUACCUCCGCUCGUGCCAGGCCCCUCUUCACCAGCACCAGCAGCACCCGCUAGAAGGGAGAGUGCCAGGGGUAGGGGCGAGUAGUGAUGGAAGGUACCCGGCCAAGCUGUCUGCUAGACAGGAGCGGACCCUCGUCUCACCCUACGCUACAGGCCUGUGCAGUCCGGGCUCCCCCACGCUCCCAUCGUCUCCACCCGUGGCCCGUCACUUGCCGUCUCCUCCCGUAGGCCGUCACUCGUCGUCUCCAGCUCAGCGGGACGAUGACCACGCUCCCAGCAAGGGGCAGCACUCUAUGAUGUCUCCAGACCGCGAGCGGCACCAGUCCCCUCUGUGCACUCAGCAUCACCAGCACCACCCUCAGCCGCAGCACCACGCCUACAUAGUGUCGUACGCCUGCGUGACCCCCACACACAACGGCUACGACGGCGGAGCGGGGGGCAGGGGAGGGGACACGUCCAGCAGCCACGUCCACAACAGCUCAAGUGCCUCGUUCGCAUCGUCAGUCUCCUCCACCACCGCCUCCACAUCUACUACCACGACAACCACGACAGCCACGUCCUUGCCGUCGCCGAUGUCGCUGCAGGACUACCCCAUCCGAGGCACCAUCUCGCCGCUGUCCAGCCAGGUGGGGGUGCCCGCACGGCGACAAGGUGGUGGUGGUGGUCGUGACGGGGACGGACCGGAAGAGAUAUCGUUCGUGUUCGGACGGCCAGACACCCCAGAUGCCGCCGUUGUGGGGCGCUGCAUGUCGCCUCCCUUAUCGUGUGGGGGAGGAGGGAGUAAGCGGCCCUUGUCGCCGGGGUCACGUGACCUGUUGCCCAUUCGAAGGACGUUAAGUGCCAGUGCCUCUACAUCCCUGGUGGUGGAGCGGGAGGUCAUGUCGCCUCCGCCUGUGUCUUCGUCGUCGUCGCUGUGGUCGUGGGGGGAGGGGCAGAUGCUGCAGGGCGGGGUGUGCUGCGAGCACUGUAACGCCUGCCUCAUCGACUUCAAGCGCCAGGCGCUGCGCCUCAUGUUUCCAGACACCGGCAACGGACCAUGUCUCGCGCAGAGUGUGCGCCUGGAUGGGCAUGGAGGACAAGCUGGUGGUGCCCGGCCACGUGAGGCAGCGGCUGACCAACGGUCAGUGCCAGGUGUGCGAGACGCAGGUGCGACAGCUGAAGCAGGAGGCUGUGACGAUGCUGCGCUCCAUCCAGUUGGCACAGACAGCACACAGCGCGCGCGCCGCCAACAUCCCGGCGCUCGUCGGCUCCUGCAACCUCGACCUGCAGCACAGGUACACAAGACAGAGUGCAGCAUCCGGGCAUCAGGGAUGCCACUGGCGGUUCAGGCGCAAGCCUACCUCGAGCACAAUGUCAGGGCCUACGUCAACCCCAAGAAAUACGCCAGUAUGCUUGCAGCACGGGCGGCGGGUCAAGCAGACAGGCAUCACGUGACAGACAUGGCCGCGACCGCCGACCUGGGACAACGAGGUCAGCUCCACCCACACCUGUCCAUGGCUCACGUGCAACCUGUGGCCCACGGGCGACCCCCUCUCCCAGCCUCCGUGUAUCACACUCCGUCUCAGUCCACCUGCUCGUCCUGCCCCUCCCGCGCCAUGUCGCCCAGCCCCGUGUCCAGCCCCAGCUCGCCCCCGCCCAACCCGGCCGCCAUCUCCUUCUUCCAUCGGGCGGCCCAAAAGCUGAGUAAGAAGAAGAAGCGUCAGCAGUCCCAGGAGCCGGAGCCGCCAUCAUACCCCACCUCCUACGGCCACGUGAUCCGCCUGACCCCGCCCCCGGCUCCGCCAUGUCUGCUGCGGACUGUUGGACGCCUCCAGAACCCGGGAGUGGGCAAGGUGAAGGUCAUGGUGAGGGUGUGUACGGCGGGUCCGGGUGGCCAGGGAGAGGUGGGGGCCAGCUUCCUGUCCAUCGACCCCCGCCGUAAGCAGGUCACCAUCUUUGAUCCUUCCGCCAGUGGAUAUGUAACGGCAGCCAACCGUCGAGCAGGAAUCGCCGCCCCCAAGAUGUUUGCCUUCGAUGCUGUCUUCUCACCUGAUGAUUCGUUGACGGAGCUGUGUGCCGCCAGUCUGUCGGAGAUCGUGCAGGCCGUCGUGAGUGGCGCUGAUGGCUGUCUUUUCACCUACGGGUACUCCAGAACAGGAAAGUCGUACACCAUGCUGGGCACCGACCAGUCAGGCCAGACCAUGGGGGUGAUGCCGUGCGCCAUCGCCUGGCUCUUCAAGCUCAUCAACGAACAGAAGGACAAGACCGGAGCCAGGUUCUCCGUACGAGUGUCGGCUGUCGAGGUCACGGGCAAGAACGAGACUUUGCGAGACCUGCUAACAGACAUUGCACAAGGUACCGAGGCUACGGGUGUCGGCACUGCACCUGGUGUGUACCUGCGUGAGGAUCCCAUCUGUGGGACUCAGCUAGAAAACCAGAGUGAACUGCGAGCACCUACAGCCGACAAGGCCGCCCUCUACCUGGACGCUGCUCUGGCGGCGCGUCUGGCCGCAGACGAGGACGAGGCGAGGUCUUCUCACCUGCUGUUCACGCUCAACGUCUACCAGUAUCGGAUUGAGAAAGCCAACAAAGCCGGUCUGCCGGGAGUUGCCGGGGGAAGGAGUCGUCUGCAUCUAAUCGACCUCGGCAGCGCCUCCAAGUCCAAGGACCCAAACAAUGUCUCGCUCAGCCUCUCGGCGCUGGGCAACGUCAUCAUGGCCCUCCUCAACGGUCAGCGCCACGUCCCCCACAGGGACAGUAAGAUUUCACAGCUGCUGCGGGACUCGCUGGGCAACCUUACCUGUCGCACGUGCAUGCUAGCGCACGUGUCGUCUGCAGUGCCACACUACAAUGAGACUUUACAGGUCAUUCAGUUAGCGGCCAGAAUCCACAGGAUGAAACGAAGGCGGAUAAAGUUCUCAAGCACGAGUUCCGAGGACAGUUCCACGGACGAGAGCGCCAAGUUCCGGCGUCCAUAUCGAGGUCUGCGCAUGGGCACCCUACGAGAGGAUGUUCUGUACUCGUCGUCGCACUCAGACCCCGACUACACGUCCAGCAGCGAGCAGUCCUGCGACACCGUCAUCUACCUCGGCGCCAACGGCCAGUCGCUCAGCGACCGGGAACUGACGGACAACGAGGGACCACCCCGUCACGUGCCCAGGACCAAUCCUCGCCUGCCACGUCGACCGAGCGGCUCACGUUCGUCGGGCGACGACUCUGACAGCGGGAGGAGCAGAGCCUCGGACGGGAGGAUGCCUGCUGCAGUCGGCGACCCACGGUCACCUUGUGCGGUCGCCGGGUCACCCUCAGCCGCAGUUCGCGGGCCAGGUGUGCAGCACCCCAUCUCAGCCCCAGGCUCGCCGAGCCCGAGCCACGUGAAGCUGGCUCACCGCAUGAACCUGCAGGGCAAGAGCCUGGGACCGAGGACGCCCCUCGCCAGCGAAGUUCGCGACGCCAACGCCCACUGGCAGGACAAGAUGGUUAAGCAGCACGCGCAGAGAGUGAAGGCGGCCUCCGAGCUGGGUCCUAUCGAAGGAGAACAAUGGAUCGAUGGUCCGGGAGCUGCCAUCUACCCGGAUCCAAAGACUGCCAGCGAACAGUGGGUGGACGGACCGCCGGCUUUCAUCGUGCAGAACGAACAGCAGCAGCAACAGCAACAACAGCAACAGCAAGUAUCCUCGCAACCUCAGUCGCCUCAGCACAGAGGGGACACAGCUCGUCGCCUGAAAAACAGAAAGGUGGAUGCGGAGGAGCAGUGGGUGGAUGGGCCACGAGAAAUGAUGGCGGGGGUUGGGGGGGCUGGCGGUAGCACAACCCCGCUUCACACCACCAAGCAUGCUACCGCGGCGUCGGCAGCAGCGCCUAACGGCAAAGGGGGACAAUCAUCUCAAGCCAACAAGCUGUCCAUGGGGGUUUCAGAGCGAGCCCUGAAGCAGGCGCUUAUCAAACAUUUAGAGAAGGAGCGUCCUGAAAGUGGCGGGUCUGUGGACAGCAACCUCUCCACAGCAGCAGAGGCCGCCGACUCACGACCGUCGAGUAUGGUCAGCAGUGGCGAAGGGGCCAGAGUUGUGGAUCCUGCCUGUCAGAAGACCGACCAAGGUCUGUACAUGGGCAGGGGGGUCAAGGACUGGGGUCACGGGCAGAGACGGGCUGGCGACGGAGUCAGUGUCGUGGACGGGGAAGACGCUGGCAACACCAACGGCCUCAGGUCAGACGUAGAUUCUUACGGAGGGGAGCUUAGUUCACCGUCACAUCACAAAAAGCAUUAUAAAGACCACGCGGGGAAAAAGCUGCACUCCUCGCCCAGACAUUCUCCUAAAGCAUCGCCUGCUUGUCUUAGGAAGGUCAAGGCUGAUGGUUCAAAAUCUUCACGGUUGCAAAAAUCCGAGCUUCCAGGUUCUGCCAGCCCGACGCAAAGAGUGGCUCAGUGGAUCAAAUCUGUCUCCUCGUCAGAUGCCCCGUCUGGCCAGGAUGUCAGUCAGGGUCCAGAAAACCCGAGUUUGCAUGACGUGUUGAUGGCGGACGCCGAAACCAACACUGAACACGACUCAGAUUUCGAGCGAAUGGCGGACAGCACGGGCACCAGGUCAGAUGAUGACGGGCCUAAGGACGUCAGCAACGUCAACAGCAGCGUGGACAGCAGCGACGCGCACGAGCGCGGAAGCGAGGGUCGACAGGAGUCCAUCUACGAGGUGACGGUGGAGGAGCAGCUGGAGGGCCUCAAGUCCCACAAGGACGGCAAUCGUCUGGCAGCCGAGGUAGACGAUGAAACGUUCAGUAGUCCCUCGUGCAGUGCGCGCGAGGCCGAGGACACGGACCGUGAAGAGUCGGCGCUGGUGCAGCACAGCAAGGUCCUGACAGAAGGCCGGCAAAGUUCACAGCUGGCCAAGCAUUUAGCUGCUCACACGUUUCACACAUCUUCAAACCUCUGUCCAGGGCUGGAACCUUCUUUCACUUCUGACAUCUCCAAGCCCCUGCUGUCGCGAAAACCCGACGGUGCCUCCAAUCCUCAUCUCAAUCGCGAGUUUUCUGAGGAGGAUAUUGUCGCUAAGGACCAUUUCCUGAGAAACAAAUCGUGUUUAGAACCCCAUUACUCCACGGUGUGCCACACGGACACGGCUGACGUGUAUACUGCUUCCGGGCACUACAUCUCUGAAGCGGGUGGUGUGUGUGAUGGGCUGGACUCUGGCUCCCCGAGUCUCUCCGGUAAAGGCAGCAAAUUCGCCAUUCACUCAAAACCGCCACUGCCUCAAAAGUCUGCACCCUCAUCCCUAUCAUCAUCUCCGAAAAUUAACGGACACCAGAAACCCAGUAGUAUGUCGUCGUCGUGCACGUCGUCUGGGCCUCUGGCGCCUUCCUCCGCCACCUCCACCCCGAAGUCCGUGUCCAGCAAAGAGUCCCCCGUGCUUCACAAACAAAACUCCCUUAAGAGCUCCCCAGUCCCAGUGAACAUCCCCGGACAUUCAGGCCGUAAAGACAAGGAAAAGGGAGGUAAGGUGGGCAAAGAAAAGUUAAGUGCAAAUGGAGCGAGUCCACCGACAGCUGCGAAAAAUAACGGCCAGAAGGGCGGCAAGUCUCACAGCAAGCUGCCGCUCUUCUCCAGCAGGGCGUCCACGCCGACCGUUGGAGGCAAGGAAGGUAAAGACAGCAAGACGAUGCGGAAGAAGGAGAAAGAGACAGCCAAAAGUGUCCGAUGCAUGAAUGGCAAGCUGGUGGAGAUUAACCCUCACUAUCACAAGGCUAGAGGCGCUAACAACGACAGCGACUCCGGCAACGACAGCGGCAUCGUGGCGCGCGAGAAGAGGCUGCUGUCGCCGUACGCCACCGUCACCCAGCCCCGCACACCCAGCCACUCCAGCUCGGGCCACGGCAGCGACAACAGCAGCACCGUCAGCACCGACAUCCACUCGCAUCCCGGGAGCAAGGGAGACAAGUUGCACGGGGGCACGAGCAGUGGAUACGAGAGCAUGCUGCGAGAGAGCGAGGGCACGGCAUCCUCUGAUGACCACGACGACAGUGAAAGUGAAAACUCGGAAAAGAAGAAAGGGUCAAAACGAAAAGGAACAAAAAGAAGUCGCUCAGCACCUGCCCGCUCCUCCGAGUCUCCUGGCAGCAAUGGCGGUGGGUCCAACGGAUCACGAGGUUGGCACAAGGGCAAGGAUGAGGCAGUAGAGCUCAAGAAGUACGACCUCGAGGACAUGGAACGGCUACAGCGGCGUCGUCCCGAGGAUGCUGAGCCCCGAACCUCGGACUCCAGGCGCGGAAAGGAGCACCAAGGGAAACAACCUUUCGAAGAAGGAGGGAAGCCAGAGGUCAUCGAGGCCAAAGAUCGCAUCAGCAUGGAGCGAGGGGGAUGGGGAUUCGACUGCAAGUUUCUCAUGUGCUUCUGCAAAUCACGUUCGCGUGCUACUGAUGUCUGAAGAUCAACAACUGUCCGUACACGGCAAGCAGACGACACUGUGGGCAGAUGAAUGAGCAUACAGGUUGUAGUUCCUGUCCUACACACACAGGAGCUCUGCAAGGUGGGAAGGGGAUGAAGCUAAGGGAGCGAACUACCUUCUGAAUGAGAAUAGUUGCGAGUGGCACUCUUUUUUCGAAAAUGCUGGGGUUUUCCAUCAAAUGUCAUGGUUCCCGAAGUGUCAGCAGGUAUCCGCUGUUGUGUUGUUUCGGAGGGAGUGCUUCAAGCCACGUGUACCACUCAACCAGCAGAAACUGUAGAUGACAGUGGCAUCUGCUACAUUUUCAAUCCAAAAUGUCAUGAAAAUGUUACCUGGUCAGCGUUGGCUGAUUCUGCCUGUCUCAAUCAUGUUCUAGUUUUGACCAUUCUAAACGUUCAUUAAAGUUCAUUAUUUGUUAUCAGAUGUCACUCAGAGUUCAUGAUCUGAUAUCACUCAAAAUUUCAGUUGCCCUAGCAGUGGCACAGUCAUUGCAGCCGUAUGCAAAGUUCUGUUCUCUACAUAUGCAAUUUGGAGUCCUAGGACAUGACUUGCCACAGGUGUGUCUACAUCCUUCGUCUCAUGCUGUCAGCCAGUCAGAACCCCAGUUGGAGCAAUAGAAAACCUUGAAUCGAGAGGAUGAAGAUCAUAAUGACGACGAUGAUGAGUAAAACAGUGAGACUAGCAUGGGACAUCGGGAAGGGUUUUAAAAAAGUUCGAAAAAAAGCUAAAAGAAAACACUUUGAAGGCAAGAUUUUACCUAAUAGCGACUGUAACAGCCUCUUUGAUUGGAGCUUAUAACAUUAUCCGGCUUCUUUGAUUGAAGCUUAUAUAAUUAUCUAUCAGUUAGUCAAUUCAGUGUUAACCCUAUGUUUGGUGGCAAGAGUCUGCUGUAUGUAGUCCACUGGAGCCCAUGCGAUGCUCUACUCCAGUUACAUUGCCGGACGAACGCGGACCGUUGCCCUGUCUGUGGACACAAACUGUUAGUCCAAGCUCAGCAAAACUACAUGUGAACAAAGGGCCUGUCACCUCCACCUCCACCUAGAACUUCUGCUUUACAGUCUACCUUUGCUCAGUGGUGACGUGUGGUCAAGCUGAAACUGCUGUCAUAUAUCUGUAUUAUUUAUUUUCUACCAGAAACCUUGUUUUAUAACGAUGCAAUUCGUCGUUGAUAAAUUUUUGUGAGUACUCACGAAUCAUGUAUUUUCUACUGUGUGUGUAUAUAUAUAUAUCGAUGACAAAGAUAUGGAUAUAUUUUAUACGGACGUAUGCAUGGUGUGAGAGUAGAGACCCUUCGAGUCGAUAGAUUUUUGUACACGUGUUGAGCUUGGCUAUUUCAGGACUGCUGAGCAUAGCUGCAUUUUUUUUUUAUUGCAUAUAGGUAGAUAGAAAACAGAAGCUGGAAGUUACUCUGUGUCUACUUUAGGAGAGAGGAUCUUGACAAGAUUUCUGUUUGUAGAGUUUUGCAGCACUGGCUCAGUAGGUUUGUCCCCCGAUAGUUUCUGCUGGUGUAGAGUAGAACCCCAGUAACUUAUUUUGUUCUGAGACACGCAAUGUCCAUCUUGAUUGACCAGUAACAAGUGUUCGCAAGAUGGCCAUGCUCGAGUCCUGUCAAUCGUAAAUGAAACUGGAGCUGAUGGUGGCAGAGCAGCUGGUGGAGGUGCAGCUGUGGGCAGUGCAGCUGGUGGCGAUGCUCUAACGUCCUGCAUCCUGACACCUGGCCGACGCCUUGUAGAUGAAGGAACUAAAAUGUGAUUGGUUUGCAUUAAAUUCAAUACAUGUCGAUGCUAUAGUUUCACACGUUUAACACAAAUCAAUGACUCCUUGCUAACUCACCUUCUCUUUUGUUUUCGCCGAGUUCUCUCUACUGACCGUAGUUCAGGUACGUGACUGAGCACGUAGGGGGAAUUCUUUGUCUGCUUGAUACCAAAGCCGUCUCCCAUUUGUGUCCACCAUUUGCCUCAGUCCAUUAUUUUGUUCUGCUGUUGUUGUUUGUUUUUUAACAUUGGUUUUUUUUUUAAGGGGGAGGGUUUUUGUUUGUUUUGGGUUCUGGGGUUUAUUUUUUGUGGGGUGUUUUUUUUUUUUUUUUUUUUGAGGGGAGGGGUGUGGUUGUUGUUAUUGGUUUUGUCCUCUUUGGUUUUGAAGACAUGUAAACUUGACUGUGAAUUUGUGGGGAUGGUAUAAAAAAAAUAUGCCGCAAUCUCAUUGUGACAGAUGAAAGUGAAAUUCUCUAUAGUUCUGUUGGUACCUACAUAUACAGGUGCGUGAUGUGUGAUGUGUCUCAUAGAUAUGUAGCCAGUAUAACGUCCAGGAGAAACUCAAAAGACACUGUCGAUGACUGAUGAAAGUGGAGGACAGUAAGCACCAGUCUCUGUGAACAUUCAUCGUUUCAUCUACUGCAACCAAAAUAACAGUGUACAGGAUAACCUUCACUCGAAGAGCACCCACACGGGGGGAUCCAGGCGAGUGCGGGGGGCAAAGUUCGUCUGGAUUACUUCGCUGUGGUUGACUUGUGUUUAAAGAAACAGUCGUUUGUUCUGGAAUGUUCUGCUGGUCACACUGGGUAGACUGAAUAUGUGUGUUUCUGUAAUCAAUAGACUGAUGUAAAAUUUAAUGUAUAUUGUACUAAAGUUACUUGUGCAUCUGCAUUAAAUAAACGGACAAUUACUGAA